AUGGUGUUGCAAGCGAUCCAAUACGAAGCAGCAUCAGCCGAUUCUCCUCCCUCCCUCCGCAUCCUCGAUCAGCUUCUCCUACCGCACAGAACAACUUAUGAGCAGGUUUCGACCUGCGAAGAGGCUCAUGGGGCUAUCAAACAGAUGAAAGUGCGGGGUGCACCAGCUAUUGCUAUAGUGGCUGCCCUGGCCCUCGCCGUUGAGAUUGGGACAGCCGUUGUGGCAAAGAAGUUGCCCGACAGCGCAGAGGUUGUCAAGGAGAAUUUAAACCAGCGCUUAGAGUAUCUGAAGACCAGUAGACCGACGGCUGUCAACCUGGGAGAUGCGGUAGGGAAACUGAAGAUUGUUGCCAAAACGGCUUCUUUACGCCCAGAAGCCACGCCUGAUUCCGUGGUGCAAGCUUACAUCGCGGCAGCCGAACGAAUGCUGAUCGACGAUGUCUCCGACAACAAAGCCAUCGGCGAGCAUGGUGCGAGGUGGAUAGAAGAAAACACAAUAGCUGGGCGAAGAAGGAAGCAAGAUAAGAGUCACGAGCUGAAAGUCCUCACACAUUGCAACACAGGGUCUUUGGCAACCGCUGGAUAUGGUACCGCGCUUGGUGUGAUCAGGUCUUUGAGGGCGGCUGAUAUGCUGAGCCGGGCUUAUUGCUCGGAAACACGGCCAUACAAUCAGGGUUCUCGGUUGACUGCGUACGAACUUGUCCACGAUCACGUACCAGCAACCCUGAUCACAGACUCAAUGGCUUGCGCCUUGCUGGCCAAAGAGGGAGACGAUCUCGCAGCCAUUAUUGUCGGUGCUGACCGAGUCGCAGCCAAUGGCGACACUGCGAAUAAAAUUGGGACGUAUUCGCUCGCAGUACUAGCCCGCCACCACGGUGUCAAGUUCCUCGUCGCCGCGCCAAGAACCACCAUUGAUCUCAGUACGGCGUCUGGUCAGGACAUCGUCAUAGAAGAAAGAGCGCCUGAAGAAGUCACAAGGGUGAAGGGACCGAAGAUUGACCCAGACGGAAGGAUACGGGUUGAUGAGGAUGCAGAAGUCAUUAGUACGGCGGCCAAUGGCAUCGAUGUCUGGAAUCCUGCUUUCGAUGUCACACCAGCAGAUCUCAUUGAUGGAGUCAUCACGGAGGUUGGUGUGGUGGUCAAGGUGGAUGGGCAUUUCGAAUUUGGGUCCCUCUUCGAUCAAUCGUAA